AUGUCGUCCCAGCAGCAGUUGUGGACGGCUCCCGCCAAGGAGGAGGCUCCACCGCCACCACCACCACCGCCGCCGGAGUUCCUGUGCCCGAUCACGCUAGACCUGAUGCAGGACCCUGUCGCGGCGCCCACUGGCAUCACCUACGACCGCGCUGCCAUCGAGACCUGGCUGUUUUCCGGCGGCCAGCGCACAUGUCCGGUGACACACGGCGACCUCAGCGCGGGAGACUUCGUCCCCAACCACACUCUCCGCCGCCUCAUCCAGGACUGGUACGCCACCAACCGUUGCUGCAGCAGCGUCGACCGGGUCCCCGCCACGCCCGAGGAGGCCGCCGUCGCCGAGCUGGAGGGCGCCACGCGCGCAGGCGACGCCGAGCGGUGCGCUGCCGCAGCGCGCGGGGUCCGGCGACUCGCCUGGCGGGCGGCGGAGCAGAACCGGCGCCGCGGCCUCGAGUCCGCCGGCGCGGCGCGCGCUCUCGCCGCGGCGUUCACGUUCUUUGCGGCCACCGCCGACGAUGCUGCGGCCGCUACUGACGACGUCCUCGACGUCGUGCUGGCAGCGCUGGUUCUCGUGAUGCCGAUGGACGAGGCGGCCAUCCUGGCCGUGGGCUCGUCGAGCGCGUCCGUGGCGCGGCUGGUCGCCGUCGCCGCGAACGGCGACCUGCACAGGAGGCUGCAAGCCGUGGUGGUAAUCAGAGAGAUCAUCUCGCUCUCAGCUUACAGAGAUACGACGACCGAUCUGAGCGCGAACGCCGAGGCCAUCGCCGAGGUGCUGGUGAAGACGAUCAGAGACGGCAUCUGCCAGCCGGCAACCAGGGCGUGCCUGGUCACGGCGUACCACCUCGCGUGCACCGGCGGCGAGAGCGCCGCGGCGCGUCUCGCGGCGGCGGGGGUCGUGACGGUGCUCGUGGAGCUCCUCGUGGACGCUGACAGGAGCACGGCCGAGAAGGCUCUGGCCGCGCUCGACGCGGCACUGGCGGCGUCCGGCGACGGCAGAGCGCGUGCCCGUGCCGACGCGCUCGCCAUGCCCGUGCUGGUGAAGAAAAUGUUCUGCGUGUCCGACGCGGCCACCGCGCUCGUCGUGUCCGUGCUGCUGCGCAUCUGCAAGAAAUGCCCGGGAGACGGCGAGGAAUGCCCGGGAGACUGCGCAUCUGCAUCUGCAAGAAAUGCCCGGGAGACGGCAAUGGCGGCUAGGCGGCACGCCAUCGUGGAGGCGCUGCAGCUGGGCGCGCUCCAGAAGGUGCUGUUGCUUCUGCAGGUUGGAUGCAGUGGGGAAACCAAGGAAAAUGCCGCUGAACUGCUGAGGUUGAUGGUCAGGUACCAGGGCAGAGAGGAGUGCUGCGUCGACGCCAUGGAUUUGAGAGGGAUCAAGAGAGACACUACUGCAAUUUUGACAGGAUAG